CACACACACACACACAUCACUUCCUCUGUCCCACAGCGAGCUCAAUGUCAGCGGACCCCGAGCGGGACGGUCUCCUCACGUCAUGCAGCUUUACGCGAGUUUCCCGUUGAGUUUGGAGUCGCUCUCCGUCAGUCAUGUCUUUGCACUGGCGUUGUUUGUGUGUUUGGCGAUAGUGGUUAAAUUAUUGGCUAUGAGGAGAAGAGGGAUGCGAACUAUGGAGUCUUUUCCAGGGCCACCUGCAGACUGGCUCCUCGGACACGUCAAGGAGUUUCACCAGGAUGGACAUGAUUUGGAAAAGAUUAUGAAGUGGAGUGGACAGUAUCCCUUUGCCUUUCCGCUGUGGUUUGGCCCGUCAUUGUCCAUUCUGAACAUCCACCACCCAUCAUAUGUGAAGACCAUUCUCACCACUACAGAACCAAAAGAUGAUUAUGCAUACAAAUUUUUCAUCCCUUGGUUAGGCGAUGGCUUGCUUGUGUCUACUGGACAGAAGUGGUUUCGGCACAGACGGCUUCUCACUCCUGGUUUCCAUUAUGAUGUUCUGAAGCCUUAUGUGAAACUUGUUUCUGAUUCAACCAAAGUCAUGCUUGGUAAGUGGGAAGUUUAUGGCAAAUCAGGAGAGUCGUUUGAACUGUUUAAGCAUGUAAGUCUGAUGACACUGGACAGCAUCACGAAAUGUGCAUUCAGCUGUAACAGCAACUGUCAGACAGAACGUAAAAACAACCCGUACAUCCAGGCGGUGUAUGACCUCUGCCACCUGGUGAACCUCAGGUUCAGAGUGUUUCCUUACCACAGCAAGACCAUAUUUCAUCUCAGUCCACAUGGAUACAAGUUCAGGAAGGCAGCCAGAAUAGCACACGAUCAUACAGCGUACGUUAUCAGAACAAGGAAAGAAGUCUUGAAGAUUGAGAAGGAACAGGGCAUUUUUAAAAGAAAUCGAAAUUUGGACUUUUUGGAUAUUCUUCUGUCUGCCCGAGAUGAGCAUCAGCAGGGUUUGUCAGAUGAAGAUAUCAGGGCUGAAGUGGACACAUUCAUGUUUGAAGGCCAUGACACCACGGCCAGUGGGAUAUCUUGGCUCUUCUACAAUCUGGCAUGUAACCCUGAGCACCAGGAGAAAUGCAGAGAGGAGAUCCUGCAGGUUCUGGAUGGAAAAGACACCGUGGACUGGGAAGACCUCAAUAAAAUUCCUUACACCACAAUGUGCAUUAAAGAAUCCCUGCGGCUCUGUCCUCCUGUCCCGGGAAUAUCAAGAAAGUUGACUAAACCCAUGACCUUUUUUGACGGACGAACUGUACCUGAAGGUUGUAUCAUUGGAGUCAGCAUUUAUGGGAUUCACAGGAAUGCCUCAGUGUGGGAGAAUCCAAAUGUGUUUGAUCCGUCAAGGUUUCUUCCGGAGAAUGUUGCUGAGAGAUCACCGCAUGCUUUUGUGCCCUUCUCUGCUGGACCCAGAAACUGCAUCGGACAGAACUUCGCCAUGAAUGAGAUGAAGGUGGCCGUGGCGCUGACACUGAAGAAAUACCGGCUGAUUAAAGACCCCCAGCACAUCCCAAAGAUGAUCCCUCAAGUGGUGCUCCGAUCAAUCAAUGGAAUCCACAUCAAGAUCAAACCAGUAGAGAAUGAUUCCUGAUCCGCUAGCGGGUGUUUGCCUUAAUGACUGCAUUUAGAUAUUUAAUACACAUUUCAUGUCUGGAAACUUGAUGGUUAGUAAAUACCCCACACUAAAGUGGCCCAACUGUGUAAUGACUUCAGUGCUUAAGCCCUGAUCCGUAUGAACAAACUUAUUUACUCAUGCACCAGAAGUCACAGCAGUGGUUGUCUGUUAUACUGUACUUACAACACAGCAUUUAAAACAUCUAAGGAAAAACGUCCAGGUAAUAUGAAUUAGCUUUAGGUAAUGAAUGAAUCUUUUGCCUCAGCUACAUUACUACAUGAAUUCUAGAACUAGAGAUCUCUAAUAUGGAAUAAAUACAGAUGAGAUCUUGUGAUCUGUAACUACUGCAAUAAAAGAUUUUAAAAAAUG